GCACCCAAAAUCAAAUACAAAGGCAUAUGCAUAUACAUACACACUCUUUUCAGAAGGUUGUUUGUUAUUGCUCUGCCAAGGAAAAAGAAGUGAUGGAGGAUGCGAAGGAGAAAAAUUGGAGAAUGGAAGCGGAAGAGAAUCUGCAGAGGUUGCAAUCUCUUCUGUUGGGUACGGAACACGCUCUAGCAAGCAAGGACUUCGCCUCCGCUUACGUCCUCGCGCUUCGUCUUCUCGGCUUCCUCGACGUGAAGUCCCACUCUGACGCCGUCGAUGAGGCCUUCCUUCAACCGACUCGUCGCGACGCACUCUCCAAGCUCCACACUGCUCGCAGAUCCCUCAUCCCUCAAUCUGAUCGGCAAGCUUUUGAGCAAGCAAAGAAAUCUCCAGGAUACAUUUUUGGCACAACAGGAGAUAUUGACAUUGAGAAGAUUCGGAAUUCAAAGUACUUCCGUGCUCUUGUCAACCAAUCUAAAGAAAACGAUGCGUAUAAAUUGGUUGAUCACCCGGGGAAACAGGGCAAAACAGGCAGCAAAGCCUCGAAGCAAAUGGUGCAAACGAAGCUAUCAUCCAUGUAUGGGAAAAGCAGUUUGUGGACUAGCAACUGUUCCCAGAGUUCUUUGAACAUGAAAAAUUACAGUUCUGAGGAUUGUAGGAUUCUUGGUAGGCCUCAAUCUCAAGCCAGCCAUACAAAGGGUCCUGGUGUCUCUUCUAUCUUUCAAGUUGAAGGAGAAGAAAGAGCUUUUGGAAACACAUUCUCCACCAAACGUGUACACGUGGAAACUAAUAAUCUCAGAGUUGGAUACUUGAAGUCACCUUCAAAUAAGGACGAAGUUCACCCUGAUGUUUGUGGCAAAGGGUUUAUUACUGCUAGAGCAAAACUGGAAAUUGAAGAAAAGCAUAAGCGAGGAGCAGGCGGUUCACCCUGUAACUCUGUCUCACUGCAGUGUGAUAACAAUCCUGCCAACAGGUUACAUGGUGGGAGAUCAUAUAGUGUUUCACGACGUGGUUUCCGUAGUAAUUUUGUUCCCCCUAUAAAAUCCAAUGGGAAUAAUGCUGGAAAUAUGAGUGCACGAAAUGCUGGAAAAUGUGAUGAUUCUUUAGACGACUCUACAAGGAAAUGUUUGGAAAUCCUGUGUGGUCCUGACGGUGAGCUUCCAGAGAAAUUGAGGAAUUUGGAACCUCGCCUCAUUGAACAUGUUAGUAACGAGAUCAUGGAUAAAGAUCCCAAUGUCCGGUGGGAUGAUAUUGCUGGAUUGGAGCAUGCCAAGAAAUGUAUUGAUGAGAUGGUAAUAUAUCCUUUGCAACGUCCUGACAUAUUCAUGGGCUGUCGUGCACCUGGGAGGGGUCUUCUUUUGUUUGGUCCACCAGGAACCGGUAAAACAAUGAUAGGAAAAGCCAUAGCAGGGGAGGCGAAGGCAACCUUCUUUUACAUAUCUGCAAGUUCGUUGACUAGCAAGUGGAUUGGUGAAGGUGAAAAGCUAGUGAGAGCCCUUUUUGGAGUUGCCAGUUGCCGUCAGCCUGCUGUAAUUUUUGUUGAUGAAAUAGAUUCUCUCCUGUCUCAGCGUAAAUCAGACGGUGAGCAUGAAUCCAGUAGACGGCUAAAGACACAGUUUCUCAUCGAAAUGGAAGGCUUUGACAGUGGUAGCGAGCAAAUUCUGCUUAUAGGGGCAACUAAUCGUCCCCAGGAGCUUGAUGAAGCAGCACGAAGGAGACUUACUAAAAGGCUUUAUAUUCCCCUACCAUCCUCAGAAGCAAGAGCUUGGAUUGUACGUAACCUUCUACAGAAAGAUGGACUAUUCAAUCUUUCAAACGAGGAAAUGGAUAUCAUAUGCAUCUUAACGGAAGGUUAUUCAGGAUCAGACAUGAAAAACUUAGUGAAGGAUGCUUCUAUGGGACCCCUAAGAGAGGCUUUAAGACAAGGCAUAGAAAUUACAAAGUUGAAAAAGGAGGAUAUGCGAGGAGUUACUCUUCAGGACUUCGAGAGCUCCCUCAGAGAGGUGAGGCCUUCUGUUUCCCCAAAUGAACUUGGCACGUAUGAUCAAUGGAACAAGCAAUUCGGAAGCUUAUCAUUGUAGUGGCAUGUUUCAUCAGUGUAUGUAUGGUGACAAAUAUCACAGCUAGUCAGAGAUGGUAGCAACUACCUAGAUUGACCUGUACCUUAAUGCUUGCGCUAUGGUAAUCUUUAUGUUAAUAUAAUUACACUGCUUGCACAACCCAUUGCCUGUAAAAUUCCACUGGCGCAAGAAGUGGCAUGGUGACACCUUUUAACAUUUAAUAUUUCAGCUCCAAGCAUGUUUUUUGCAGGGCCUUUUCUUUGUGAUGGUGAUUACAAACAUGUUCAAUGAUCCAAUGAGCCAGGAUUAGCUAAUAGGUUCUUAUUUU